AUGUCGUCCCCUCAAGACAUGGAUCCCGAUGAGCGCAAGAGACAGUACUCUGCGCUUCGCAGAGCGAUUAGGGCAAGCGCGAAUCCCGCCCUGACUUCAAAAUUUGAACUGUGCUCCGAUACUGAGAGAUUUACGAUGCUGAAAACAUGGCUGGUCAAUUCCUCCUUGGACUCCAUAGAAGUUGAAGACCGAUAUCGUAAAGUUCUUCGGGAUGAUCGCACAGACCGCUAUGUCACCAUGAGCAUUUUUCAGCUGGAGCAAAAAUAUGGUUCAGAUCCUGAAGCCCAGAAGUUCAUCGCUGACAUCACCAAAGGCCAGCAGGGGAUCGACCAUCCUCAGUCGUCGCACCCGAAAGCAAGGAUGUUCAAGAUUUUAAAGGAUGUGCUUGAAGAGAAAGGUGAGAGGACUGAAGCUGAAACGACGGCCCGGGUUGGGGGCCGUGUGAGGUCGGCUGAAGCCAAGAAGGCGAUCGCUGAGAAACUUAAGAAAGGGAUGGAGUCUCUAGAGGCCACACCGCUGAUGGAUUUGAAGACGGGAGAAAUUAAAACUAAGAAGCCUAAGAAGGUUCCAAAGGAAAAAACUCCUGAAGAGGCUUGCUUACAUGAGGCAAAGGCUAUGCACAAGAAGCUGAAGAAAUUGGUGAAGGAUUUGCCUGCUGUGAUCGGCGACAUGGCGCAGCAUAGGGUGCAGCACUCCACUGAACUCGUCUCUGCGCUGAAGGGGCAUGUGGAUGAUCUUGAUAAUCGCGUGCGCGAUGCUGAGCGCUUUGCUGGCACGAACAUAGAGGCAGUUGAAAUUGAAGAGUUCAAUCAAUGGGUUGACCUUCAGAAGGAUUGGUUCAACAUGGUAUCCCGGGAUGUCAGUGACGCAAAGCGUCGGGUGAACCUGACAAAGGGCCCCGCUAAGGUAAGGCAAUCCAAGGUUGACAAGCCAGUGGUGGCUGCAGAGCCAGCUGACGAUGACGUCUCAGCUGAGGAAGAGGCUCUCAUGGACUACUGGAACCGAAAUCGAGACCAAGACUUUGUCCGACAACAUCCAGUUCUAAGUCGUCCUGACAUCGACCUGACGAAAGUCGUUCCACUUGUGAUUCAUGCAGAUGAUGCAGAGUCACACCGCAGAAGGCAGGACUGGUUGAGUCCAGACCUGUUGCUGGUGACAUCAUUGAACUGUGGCCUGGUUGUAGGUGAGAACAUUGAUGACCGUCUACGGGAAAGUGUGGUCCUUGCAAAAUGGCUCAUGGGAAUUUGCGUGGCAGUGGCUGCGCAACACCCAGGUGAUGAACAUGCGGGGCUUCGUGCAGCUGUCUUUGUGAACUUGGUUGGCAUGAGAAAAGCUAUGAAUGAAGUUCCCGGGCCCGUGUUGUCGGAAGACAGCAUACGCCGGCUUCAAGAAUGUUGCUACCUCUACCACUGUGCCUUCAACUCUCUGGCCACUGAAGCCAUUGAACAUGGCAAACUUCUAUGGAAAAUCAGACCAAAAUACCAUCGGACACUCUGGUGCAUUAGGUGGUAA